AAGACACAUCAUUCUGACGUUUAAUCGAAACCAAUUGCAACUUUGACAGCGAACAAUUUGCUCCUAUUAUUUUUUUUUUAUUGGGACGCGUAUACAAAAUUCGUCCGAAAACAACACAAAAUAUUUUUGUGAUAGAAAAAGAGAACGAGUUACUCAAUAUCAAAACACCGUACAUAGCUUGGUAAUUAACAAUAGAAAUUCAACAGAAUCUUACAAUAUUCGAUACAGUGGUUGAUUAUUGGUCUUGCUUUUGCUUUUGCUUGGUGUUGCAAAAAAAUCGUGCGUGUAAUGUUGUAGUGUAUUCAUAUGUGAAGCUUGAAUGAACGUCUAUACUUCGAAAAGGAAAAUUAAUAUCAUAAGUGCAAAAAGUGGCUACGAAGUGUCAACAGAAUAUUUGCACGGACCAAACAAUGUAAAUUGAUACGGAAACAAAAACCCAUAUGUUUCUGCUGCUGUUUGAGAUCUGAUAGUUGUUCGGUGGAUGCUGAAAUAAUUGUUCAUACUUUUCAAUUAGUCGUUUAAUUGUUUGUUUGCCUUUACGCUACGUGUACAAUAAUUUACAGCUUUUGUGUUCAUAUGUAUUUUUAUAGUCGAUCGUGACAUGUUUUUUGUCAUUUAUAUCUUUUCGCUGGAAUUGUGAACUUCGUCGUUUUUUGUGCAGCAGCAAAUGCAAUAAAAAACCGAUAUAAUCACAUUAAUACCUAUUCUGGAUAAAAUGCACAGUUAUCAAAAUGAUGAAUUGCAAAUGCUUUAACCUUACCCAAUGUCAUUAAAAAUUCCGAUAAAACAAAAACUCAACUCAACUCAAUGAAAUUGCAAAGGACUGAGGCGGGAACAAAAUCUCAUUAUUCGUGGUAGAGAGACAAUUUGUAAUCAAUAGAAAUCAUGUCGUUUGUUAGUGGUAAUUCAAGUAACGAAGCGGUGCAAAAGUUCUUGGAGAUUUUGCAAAACGAUUUCCGCACAUUGGCCAACGAAACGAAGAAAAAAUACCCACAAAUCAAAGAGUCAUGUGAAGAAGCAAUAAUAAAACUGAAAGCAGCGUCAUCGACGCCAUCCACUCAACUUUAUUAUGUCGUCAAUCAAAUUUUAUAUGCUUUAGUUCAGGGUUGUGAAUCGAAAGAUGUGAAAAUUAUCAAGUAUUGCCUUGGAAUGAUGCAACGAUUAAUAACACAACAAGUAGUCGAUCAAAAGGGUGCUCGUUAUAUAACUGAUACUCUGUGGAUGUUAAUGGAGCAUGGAACGGAAGAAGUUAAAGUGUUGCAAACGGUUACUUUGUUACUGACGACAAAUAGCGUUGUGCACGGUGAAACACUGGCCAAAGCACUUGUUUUAUGCUUUCGUUUGCAUUUCACCAAAGAUUCGACAACGAUAAAUACGGCCGGUGCCACGGUGCGGCAAUUAGUUUCACUGGUGUUCGAACGAGUCAUUACGGAGGAUCAGGAAUCAGAAGCCUCAACGUCAGAAGAGCAACCGAUACAAGAAGUGAAUAUUGAAGAAUUGAAACAAGCCCCUGGCCAAGCACCAAAAGGACUCAACGUGUGUGCGUCCGAUGCAUUUUUGCUGUUCCAAGACUUGGUACAGCUUGUGAAUGCUGAUCAGCCAUGGUUCUUGCUUGGAAUGACUGAAAUGACUCGCACAUUCGGGUUGGAACUCCUGGAAACGGUUUUGACCACGUUUUCCCCGGUUUUCUUCAAGCAUCCCGAAUUCUCGUUCCUGUUAAAAGAACGGGUGUGCGCGCUUGUGAUCAAACUCUUUUCACCGAAUAUCAAAUACCGAACCGUUGUUCAGACAAAUCCUCAGCAACCAGUUGCGUUGGACAAACCAUAUUUUCCUAUUAGCAUGCGCCUAUUGCGUGUCGUAUCGAUUCUAAUACAGAAAUAUCACCGCCUUUUAGUGACUGAGUGCGAAAUAUUCCUAUCUUUAAUCGUUAAGUUUUUGGAUCCGGAUAAACCUGCUUGGCAACGCUCCUUGGCACUCGAAGUCAUUCAUAAAAUGACCGUACAGCCGGAGCUGCUCGUGUCAUUUUGCCAAUGUUACGAUUUAAAGGAUCAUGCAACGAACAUCUUUCAAGAUAUCAUCAACUCACUUGGAGCCUACGUUCAAAGCCUAUUCGCACCAACACACUCGAAUAGUGUUAAUGCUGUUUCGACACCCACUCAAACAUUGCCGAUGAUGAGCACAUUACCGAUGGUACCGGGCGCAUCACAACAAGCCGGAUUCCUAUUUAGAAGUGUCUGGCUGCCGCUUAUUGUUACAUUCCCAACCGGACAAUCCAAAUCAACAUUCUUGGAGAUGCUCGACAAAGUUGAACCACCUCCAAUACCGGAUGGAUUUGGAAUUUCCGUGGCAUACGCUUGCCUUCUGGACAUUGUUCGAUCGAUUUCGUUGGCUGUUCUUGGUCCAUCGAAGAUUGGAGAGGAGAAACCUACACCGUACAAGGAUAACGUAUCUGAAGCUGAUCGACAAUUACACGCCCAACUGAUAACAUCGAGUUGGUGCGGUCUGCUGGCUGCUUUAACUCCUCUAAUUGAUGCGGCUACCGAUGAAUCAGUUACUGAGAAUGUUUUGAAGGCAAUGCAAAACUAUGCCGCACUAUGCGGUACAUUGGAUAUUCAAACACCACGAGAUGCUUUCAUAACAGCAAUUUGCCGCUCAUCCUUACCUCCGCAUUAUGCAUUGUCAGUUCUGAAUAUGGGCUAUCAAUUCUCGGGCAUCAUAACUCAUUCUCGUUCUCCGAGCCAAGACCUAAAUCAUCAAUAUAUGACAUCGUCAUGCGGUGAAAAUGAUUUUCGUCAUCAAGUUGUGGCUGUUGGAACGCCUUUGCCAACAACAUCGCUUCCAAUUGGCGCACAACAAGGACCGGUUAUGUUAACGGCUAAAAAUUUGCAAUGCAUGAGAGCGAUGCUACAUUUGGCCCAUUGCCAUGGGUGUAUAUUGGGCACCUCUUGGCAUAUUGUGCUCGCAACAUUGCAACAUUUAGUUUGGAUAUUGGGUUUGAAACCGUCGACGGGAGGAAGUUUACAGGUUGUGCCAAAAUUGUCCACCGAUGCAACAGCUGGAAUAACCACAUCGGUUAUGGCCGAUUUGCCCGUUCUAUCUCAAAUGCUGAGUCAAUUGUUCGAAUCUAGUCAGUACUUGGAUGAUGUUGCGCUACAUCAUUUAAUCGAUGCAUUGUGUAAACUAUCACAAGAGGCAAUGGAGUUGGCUUAUUCGAAUCGGGAACCGUCGUUAUUCGCUGUGGCAAAGCUAUUGGAAACGGGUCUAGUGAAUCUACCUCGCAUCGAAGUAUUGUGGCGACCGCUAACAAAUCACUUGUUGGAAGUGUGCCAACAUCCACAUAUUCGAAUGCGUGAGUGGGGCGUAGAAGCGGUUACGUAUCUCGUGAAAGCAGCACUGCAAUACAAAUACGAAACACCACUAAAGGAUAAUAUGACGCUGCAAACAUUACUUCUGAAUCCAUUGGCUGAGCUGUCGUCUGUACCGCAUGGCGACGUUCGUCAACGGCAAUUGGAAUGUGUUUUACAAGUAUUAAAUGGAGCUGGCGAAAUAUUGACUCAUGGAUGGCCUUUAGUUUUGGGCAUCAUUGGCGCUGUUAAUGAUCGCCAUGGCGAAGCAUUGAUUCGAAUAGCAUUCCAAUGCUUGCAAUUAGUUGUAACCGACUUUUUGCCCGUUAUGCCUUGGCGCUGCUUGCCGCUGUGUGUCAACACAGCAGCUAAAUUCGGAUCUCAAACGCAGGAACUGAAUAUUUCUCUGACAGCUGUCGGUUUGAUGUGGAACAUUUCCGACUACUUCAAUCAAAACCAAGAUAAGCUGUCACAAACCGUGUCCGAAGAUCAAACUGUUUUGCCCGAUUUCCCGGGCACUCUAAAUAUACCGCACUUUGAUAAGCUGUGGAUGUGCUUAUUUGCUCGCCUUGGCGACUUGUGCGUCGAUUCACGACCUGCAGUGCGAAAAUCGGCAGGACAAACACUGUUUUCAACCAUUUCAGCCCAUGGGAAUCUCUUGAUGCCGCCGACAUGGCAAUCAGUAUUGUGGCAAGUUCUGUUUCCUCUGUUGGAUAAGGUGCGAAGUCUAUCGAGUUCGGCGAGCAGUGAAAAGGUCGAUACCACCGGGAAUAUUUUAAUUCAUCACUCACGAAACACGGCACAAAAGCAAUGGGCCGAAACUCAAGUGUUAACUUUAUCAGGUGUGUCGCGUGUAUUCAAUACCAAACGGCACAUGCUACAAACGCUCGGCGAUUUCAUUCGGGCGUGGUCGCUGCUAUUGGAGUUCAUUGAAAACGCUGCUUUAAGCAAAAGUAAUGAGGUCUCUUUGGCCGCUUUGAAAUCGUUCCAAGAAAUUCUCUACAACAAACCGAACAAUGAGCGCGACGAUGACAUGGAAAAGCAAAUGCCAGUUGAAGGAAUCGAUAUUAAUGGCACGGAAAAUAUGGACAUUUGGAAUAUUGCAUGGAAAGUUUGGCUGACGAUCGGUACGGAUAGCACGAAACCACCAACAGCAGGACUAUCGGGAGAUAAAAAUGACGUGGACAUUUUCAUUCCAAGCCAAGCUUACUUGACUGCAUUGAUUCAGAUAUUUCCGGCAUUAUUCCAGCAUAUUAAACACAAAUUCACUGAAGACGACCUUCGCCAACUGUGUACUGUGCUAAUGAAUGCCGUAGCUGUUCCCGUGCAUAGUGAUUCAACGCCAUAUAUAAUGUCAACCAUUUCGGACUCGCUUCUAACUCCGUUGCAUGACGGUGUGCUUGAGUGCAUAGAUAUUUUGUGCAAAGAAGUUCUACCUCCUUCAUCCCCAUUAAAAUCAAUGAAUGCAAUUAUUUUUAGUCAGCUGCUAAAUUUCAGUAAAUUCGCCUGUGUGCCACCAACGUUUGAUCGUCUUGAAACUAGGCCUUACAAAUCGAAUCGAAAUCAACAUCAGCACAAUCAAAAUCACUCGACAAUCGAAUGGGUUAGCAUGAACUACAUUCCAUUUGGUGAAAAGGCAAUGAAUGUUGCGGUCAAAAUUUAUGUACAAUGUGCCAACGAUCCGAUUGUAAUUGAAGAGCGCAUUUUGCUAGAGAUAAUCAACACUCUGAAAAUUCCAUUGGCAAUGAAGUACAAAUGCAUGGCAUCGAGCACUUGGAAACUAGCAAUCGAAAGUUUGCUGGCUGUUCUGCAUGUUGGAUUGCCAGUGGCUCGACAGUAUCCAGAGUCGUUUGCUGAUGUUUGGCCUAUACUCUCCGGAACUUUAGAUAAAUUUUUGUUCCCAUCGAGUGUGUGUACGAUUGAAGAUCGUGGCAUUGACGAAAUUGUAUUAGACGAAACCAUCGAUUGUCAAGUCAUUGAGAUGUUGCGCGACGAAAUUCUACCGUACGCUGAGCAUAUACCUCACCAAUUCAUCUUGGACAUUGUGACCAUUUUAAAUAAGGGAUCGAUUCACUCGGCCACCGCUCGGAAUAGUGUUUACGAUGCCGAAUUGAAACUUAGAGAAGAAUUCGCAAAGACAUGCUUUGAAACGUUGCUGCAGUUCUCUUUGCUCAAUGAUCUGUGUGAUACGGUUGUGUCGAAUGAAAACAAGGAUGCAUGUGCUUUAAACAAUAAUACAACGAAUUCAAACGACACGAUCGAGGGAGUAGGCCAUAUGGCGAUUACAGCACUGUUGAGGCGCUUCGAAGAAGUUCUCAAAAAAUUUAGCGAAGACGAGAAACAAUGCACGAAGAGCACUUUGCCCAAAUAUCGCCUAUCAGAAAUCUCAUUUGUGAUGAAAGCUAUCGCCACACUGAUUAUUUCUAUGAAGAAAACCCCACCAAACAAACUGGAUAAAGUCGCUUGGGAUCAUCUAAUUGGACUAUUCCCCUUGCUUGUUGACUGCACUACGACCACAUCGAUCGAAGUAUCACGCUCGCUUCGCGAAGCUUUGUCACAGUAUGGAGAUCUGUUGCGUCCACCAGCUGGUCACAGUGAAAUGAACGGCGUUGCCAAAACAUAAACAUUAAAUUCAUUCUCCGCUUAACUAGUACAUGUUCCCUAAACCAUUUGCUACGUGACUCAAACGUACAAUUUUAACGAGGCAAAACUAACAACCGUAAACAACAUUAGCAGAAAAUAAACCCAUGUCAAGGUUGAAAGUAGUGAUCAAAAUCAUUGAUAUAAAAUAUAUACAUUUGUUUGAUUCCUUUUUUUCAAAUUUUCUUACAUAAUUCUUUGUAUUUAUAAAUAAUAAUAGAAAAUGAGAACAUUUUACAAGUAAAAAUGGGCGCCUUGAUGGAAAAUCACAAGAAAAAAACAUUUCUGUCCGACUCGCAAAAACGGCCAGAAGACACAUUCUUUUUUUUCUAGUGCAAUAGUUAAAUCAUAGAUUUGCGGUGCAACAAUUCAAAUAAAACGGAUUCAAUAGACAA